UCAUAAAUGGCGCCUGCCAUUUUGGACUGUGCAUGCUCCCUGGGAGCACGUGGCACCGCAAUCUGGUGCCCGCUGUGUCUGGAGGACCGAUCGCUGUACAGGACCUCUGUGUGAGGUCCCGAUCACGUGUGAAAUCUGUGAAUGAUCACAGAGAUCACAUGGUACAAGGCUAUUCACAACAGCCUUGUACCAUGUGACAAGCUGUGACCAAUCACACCUCACAAAGUA